CUCUUUCCGCCAUCUUGGUGCCUGUGGAGGUGAGGCGAGUUCCUGCUGCUGAACUUUGGGGGCCUAUUUCUGGGGCCUGCUGGGAACAGGACUUCUAAAAGCAAGCAUGUCUGGAAGGCUGUGGUGCAAGGCUACUUUUGCUGGCUACAAGCGAGGUCUCCGGAACCAGAGAGAGCACACGGCUCUUCUUAAAAUUGAAGGCGUUUAUGCCCGAGAUGAAACUGAGUUCUACUUAGGCAAGAGAUGUGCUUAUGUGUACAAAGCAAAAAACAAUACAGUGACUCCUGGAGGCAAACCAAACAAAACCAGAGUGAUCUGGGGCAAGGUAACUCGGGCCCACGGAAACAGUGGCAUGGUUCGUGCCAAAUUCCGAAGCAACCUUCCUGCAAAGGCCAUUGGACACAGAAUCCGUGUGAUGCUGUACCCAUCCCGGAUUUAAACUAAUGGAGAGUAAAUAAAAGUAGAUUUGUGCUCUUGUAUUUUUUCA